GCAAACACAAACACAAACACAAACACAACUCAGAAGAAGAAGAAGAAUUUUUGGCCCAAAUCUUACACUCUCUCUUCCGUACAUCGACUUCUAUCGAACUCAGAUUCGUUCCCUAUCAAUACGAUAUAAAUUUGCCUUUGUGUAAUGGCGGGUCAGAGGAAUAGUUAUGGGAAGCGGCCCCAUUCGCAGUCUGACCAUUCGGACAGUGGUUCUAAUAAGAGGAGAUAUUCAGGCGAUGAUAGAGAUCAAUUCGUGAUUGGUUCAGAUGAUACUGUGUACCGAUACUUGUGUCCGAUUAGAAAGAUCGGGAGCAUCAUUGGAAGGGGUGGGGAGAUUGUCAAGCAAUUAAGAGUAGACACUAAAUCGAAGAUAAGGAUUGGGGAAACGGUUCCAGGGUCUGAGGAACGUGUUGUUACUAUUUAUAGUGCUAGUGAGGAGACUAAUUCCCUUGAAGAUGGUGGCAAAUUAGUGUCUUCAGCCCAAGAUGCACUGUUCAGAGUGCAUGACAAAGUUAUUGCUGAUGAGUUGCAUGGUGAUGAGGACUCAGAAGGUGGUCACCAAGUUACUGCUAAGCUUCUUGUACCAUCUGAUCAGAUUGGAUGUGUUAUUGGGAAAGGUGGACAGAUUGUUCAGAAUAUUCGUAGUGAAACUGGUGCUCAGAUUCGCAUUCUUAAGGAUGACCAUUUGCCUAGUUGUGCCUUGAGCUCAGAUGAGCUUGUGCAGAUAUCUGGGGAAGCUGCAGUUGUGAAAAAAGCUCUGUACCAAAUUGCUUCUCGCUUGCAUGAAAAUCCAUCACGGACUCAACACUUGCUUGCUUCUGCUGUCUCCAAUGUGUAUUCUUCUAGCAGUUCACUCAUGGGUCCAACUGCUGCCGGCCCAAUUGUGGGAAUAGCUCCAUUGAUGGGUCAUUAUGGAGGAUAUAAAGGUGACACCUCUGGUGACUGGUCGCGCUCCUUAUACUCUGCUCCGAGGGAUGAGAUGUCUUCAAAAGAAUUUUCCCUUCGGUUGGUUUGUCCUACUGCUAAUAUUGGAGGUGUGAUUGGCAAGGGUGGUGCUAUAAUCAAUCAGAUUAGGCAGGAAUCGGGGGCAUCUAUCAAAGUUGAUAGUUCAGCAACUGAAGGAGAUGAUUGCUUAAUAUCUAUUUCGUCUAAGGAGUAUUUCGAGGACACAUACUCGCCAAGCAUAGAAGCAGUUGUGCGGCUGCAACCCAGAUGCAGUGAGAAGAUUGAGAGAGAUUCAGGAUUAAUCUCAUUCACUACCCGCCUACUAGUUCCUACCUCACGAAUUGGCUGCCUUAUUGGUAAAGGAGGAGCAAUUAUAACUGAGAUGAGGAGACUGACUAAAGCAAAUAUUCGCAUCCUUCCUAAGGAUAGCCUUCCAAAAAUUGCAUCUGAGGAUGAUGAGAUGGUGCAGAUAUCUGGAGACCUUGAUCUUGCCAAGGAUGCUCUCGUACAAGUAACUACGCGGUUAAGAGCUAAUCUUUUUGAUAGGGAAGGUGCAGUUUCUACAUUUUUGCCAGUGUUGCCAUAUCUUUCUAUGUCUGAAAAUGGCUCAGACAGUUUAAACUAUGAAAGUAGAGAAAGCAAAAGGCAUGUGCGUGGGCAUCCUUACUCUGGUGGCUAUGGUUCAAGUGAUUUGGGGGCUGCUGAUAGAUAUGGAAGUUAUGGUGGUUCACAGAUUGGUGGUAGUGGAAGUUCUUAUGGAGCUUAUGGAAGUUAUUCUUCAGAACGUAGUGGUGCUUCUGGGUUAUCCAGCCAUACCCCUGUUUCUCGGCGCAAAAGCUAUUACUAGAAUCCAGUGAUGUCCAUGCAGGAUUCUGAUGCUCUUGUUUUCCCUUUGUUGCCUCGCCCUUCCCAAUAAAACAGCUGAGAUCCAUGAAGCCUGAAGCCAGCCCACUGCCUCUUUUGAUGAAGCCUGCCUAAACUGGAAGACCAGAUGAACCAGGGUUGACAUACUCAUGGCCCACCCUCAUGCUUGUACUUAAGACGGACUAAAAUUAUGUGGAAGACUUGUUUAUUAUCUAUUGAAAUUUGCCAUGUCCAUGACACCAAAUUCACCAAGCUCUACAUACUGCGUUUCCAAGAACCUAUAUAGCCAGCAUGCCUGUGUUGCUGUGUUAUUUUGUUUUUAUCUUUCCCUAGUUGAAGUUUCUUUAGAAGUACAAAACCAUGUUAACUCAUCUUCUGGCACUUGUAUUAAGUGUAUCAAGUUUUGUUGAUCUACCGUUUCUCAGCUACAUUGUCCCAGUUUUAUGGUUUUAAUUGUUGUGGCAUCAGUCCUUGGAAACUUAAACCAGUAAUGCCAAGUUGUGAAUUUUGCAUGGCUAAUUUGCUUGCAUUGAUAUUUUAUGCAUUUUUCAUCUCAAUAUGAAAGCAGGCAUCGUUGCUGUCUUUACAAUAUAGCGCUCCUUCAUUGUUAAGUACAGCUGCCUAUGAAUUGCCCUUGCUUACUACCCUGUUGGGGAGAAAAAAAAAAAGAAAGAAGGAAAAGAACAUGCAUAACACAUGAGAGUGAAUAAUGAGGCUUUAUGCUGAUUGUUGCACACAGUUUGGCUGUGAAAUUCUAAUAUUAGUGCAGGGGAAUGACUUUUGUUAGAAAACUAAUAGAAGCAUGUUAUCAUAUCAUCUUUGUGCUCAAAUCGUCUGUAUGUGGCAUUUCAGAUAAUUUCAUUUGUGUAUUUAAAUUGCGUUUCAGGUUAUGCCCUUUAAUUUUAAUUUUACAUAUUCUUUAGCACUUGGUUUUUCAGCCUUCUCAUGUACUUUGAAGUAAUUGCUAGUUUAUGCAGCUUUCAUAAGCAUUGUUGGAACUGAGAAAUUUAGGGUAUGUUCGGUUAUGUUUCCAAAUUCUGGUUAUUCAGUUUUACCUUGGAAUUUGUACUAUUUAUGCUUGGUUAAGUUUGUCAUUUUGAGUUUUUACAAAAUAGGAAAAUGAUUGUUUUUGUUUUUGUCUCAUGUUAAAAGCACUAAAAGCGGAGAAUGACUACCUUUUAUUUUCAGUCUUUUCCUUUUUAACAAAAAUUCUCUUCAUCUAUGAUAUAUAAACCCUAGAUUCUCUUCCAUAUCUCUUUCAUCUUCUACCCAUAAUUAUGUUCAUCUAAAGUUGUAGAUGUCUCAAACCAGAAAAAUACAUCAUUAUAAUCCUCCUCUCAGCUUUCUGAGAAUUUCUGGUUCAACAAGACAACAUCCCUUUUAAGUGUUCAUCAAACUUGAAUCCAAUUAAUUUCUCUUAGUUUUGUUUAUUAUAAUUAAAGGGGAGAAUGACUACCCUUUGUUUUCACUGUUUUCCUGUUUGACCAAAAAUUCUCUUCAUCUAUGAUAUAAAAACACAAGAUCAUCAUCCAUUUCUCUCAUCUUCAAUCUGCAACCAUCUCAUCUUGAUGUCCCGAACUCACACCAAGAAAAAAAAAAAAAAAA